AUGGCGGAACCCUACCUGUCGAAUAAAAAAAUUUACGAGCUGCUGUCAACAAACAGUUACAGAGGACAGGAGAGGGGAAUCCUGAGAGCCUUCGAGAGGAGGUACUGCAAGCUGCUGACCUACCUGGGCACGGACAACAAGCGGCAAGAAAUUAUUUCCAUUAAGCUGCAGCAGUUUAUUAAUGAGAAUCUAAGCUUCAGUGAUUCCAAAUCGUAUUUCUUUGGAUUCUCCAAGGAGCUGCUGGUUCACUGCAUGCGGGUGUACUUUCAGGAGGAGCUGUGCUCGGCCGCCAACUGCGGGGGCGGUCAGCGGAGCGAUGUGAAUGAUUAUAGCAGGGAUGGCGGCCAUGACGGAGGCGACGCCGCUGCCGAGGAGCGGCUCUUCGAGCACCUGGAGAAAAAUGUCGACGAUAUCCAAAUGAGCAAACUGCACGACAUAUAUUGCGAUGAAUAUUUUUACCUCUUCAAAAAUGUGAUGUGUGUGCUGAAGGGGUGCGCUGUGUUUUAUGCCUACCCGAAUUACAAAGCGGAAGAUCUGGCGUUCGAGAGGAACUUCCUGUACCUUCUGUUCGAGGUGCUGGAAGGAAAACUGAACAUCCAGCAGCUUCUACAGAUAUACUUCGACACAUACAAAGAUACAAACAAUUAUUUUGAAAUGAUUAAGAAGACAGACGUGGAGAACAGGACAUGGGUAUAUAAAUAUAUUAUCCUUUUUCUGAACGUUCAGAUUUGUUGCAUUAAUAUUUUUUUUUACAUGCAGUUGAGACAGAAUAUUUUUUCAAAAUACAAUUUGAAGCCCAUGGUGAGUAUGUUUUUGUCCUCUUCUCAUGUAGACAGCCACGGUUUGAUAUGUGUAUCGGAGGGAGGAGCAGAUGGAGGAGCGACGGGAGAAGCAGCUGGAGGAGCAAUUGGGGGAGACUCCCCCCACAGCGACAUCGUUACGAGCACCCUCCUGCAGAAAGAAUACUCCAUAAUAUUCCUCAUCGCUUCAGUGAGUAAUCUCCUGACUUGGGAAGAUCACAGCCAACUUGUGAAGGGUGUGUCCCCCCAGUCAGCCAUUUUAAUGAAAUUUUUCUUCCUCUUUAAUGAUGAGAACAAUGUUAAAAACUACGAGGAGAACAUCCGCAUGGUAGCCCAGUGUCUACCUCACCUGUAUGAACUGAUCAGCCGCUUCUGCCUCAUGGAGGACAACUUCGUCUACAAGAGGAUGAUCCUGCGUGUGCUUAACAAUGCUCUUUGCACAGAGGGAGAAAGGGAAGGUGACGUCCUCCCCUUCGACGACGACACAGAUUUCGGGAACAACAAUAACAGUUGUUCGGAUAACACAGAGGAGAGGGGAAGCGGAGGAGGCGUCGACAUGUUGGGUAGAGAUCCCAAAUGGGAAAGAUCCCGUCGGAGUGAGCACCCACAGUACUAUGACGGAAGAGGGGGAAAGAACCCUCCAAUGGGAGCGAGAGCAGCCGCAGCAGUGGGAGCCACAGCAGUGGGAGCCGCAGAUCGGAGAGACGAUUUCUCCUCCUCCAACUGCGUGACAGAGGACAAAGCGAAAGUCAGAGGGAGGAUGCGCCACGUAGGCUUCACCUCCAUGUCCGAAAGAGACAUAAACUUCUCCCUCAUAAAGAAUAUGAAGAAGCAUAUCGAGAAGAAGGAAUUUUUUAAAAAAACGAUAAACUUGAAAUUGUUUCUGAAGAUAUGCAUAUGCCUGUGCAGGAAAGAUGACUACAUUUUGUUUAGCCAGGAUAUAUUAAAACAGGGGAAGAACAUCCGCCUGUGCAUGGAAUACCUACAGGAGGACGACACUCAGUCUGAAUUCGACCUGUACGCACACAGAUACUUCUUUUACGACUUCAGUUAUAGUAGCACCGAAAUUGUCACCACCCAGCAGGAGAGGAGGAAAAUCGUGUCUUCCUACAUCUCCAUAGAAAGUAAAAAUAUCCUGCUUGAAAUUUCGACUCUUUUCUUUUCCUACGAUUAUUUGAAGUGGUAUGGCCGAUCCAGCAAGGACAACCUCCACCGGGGGGGGAGCGCCACCUUUGAAGAGGGGAAUCUUCCCAUGGGGGGAGGUACCCAUCGAGACAGCUCCUUAUACCACCCCGUGAUUCUGCAAAAUGUUAAUCGUCUCCUAUUAGAAAUGUUUUACAGCAAAAUUAGCGACUCCUCCGUGGAGCACCUCAUCAUCUUCAAUCAUAACUUGUUGUCAAUAUAUAGAAUUUUGAAGGCUCUCAUCGGGACGAGUGCCAAUUUAGUCAGUUUCAACCAAGUGGUAAAGAGGAUCGAUACCAUUUCGAGGAGGAAUGACAACAGAAUGAUGGCUGUUAACACGACGGAGGAGUUUAUUGUGACCAUUCUGGAAAAUUCUCUCUACUUCAAGAUAAUGGAGACGCUCAAAAGGAAGAAGUUAAAUCCGAGUACCGUUUUUAUCACUUAUAUGGAAUACUAUUACAUCUUACUCGACUUUUAUUGCAAAUAUAUCUACAGCAAUUUUCUCAAUAACAGGAGGAAGGAUUUCCUUGGAGAGGAUUUCUUCCCCACCUUCCAGUAUAUUAUUCUUUUUUUUUGUAAAAUUUUAAAAAUCAACAAAUGUUUCCAUGUCCUGAUCGAAAUAAAGUUAAAUAAUUAUUUCGGCUUGAGUUAUGAUAUCUUCAACAGCUUUGUCAGUCUAUUCACGUUUCUUUUUUUUUUCUCAUUGAAGUAUAAAGAGAUGAAUGGAGUAAAUGAAGAAAUAGCAAUUUGUUUACUUUUUCUUCUGAAAAAGAUCAAUAUUAACAAACUCAAUGCUUACAUUUUUCAAAUUUUUUCUCAUCUCGAACAUGAAGAUCUGCUGCGCUGGGAGAAGAGGGACGGAGCUCAGCAGAAACAACGGAACAUGUUUAGCUCCUCCGACAGGGAAAACACACACACGAGUGAAAAGGAGGACCAGGGGGAUGACGAUCAUAGCGACCGUGAUGGCGACCCCCUCGCGCUUAACUUCGCUUCGGAGAAUUACACCGGGGGGAGCGGCAAUUACGGCGACUUAGCCAACUUCAAGUACGAGAGGGACCAAAUGGACAUCAAGGAGAACUUCCGCAUCGACAUCUCCUUCUUGAAGAUCUUCAUCCUGAUGGACGAGGUGCGCCAGGUGCGGUUGGCCGCCCCAGGGAGGGGAAGCAUGAAGGGAGGCUCGAAGGGAAGCAUGAAGGGAAGCGGGGAUGACAGAGAGAGUGGCAGCGAGAGUGGCAGCGAGAGUGGCAGCGAGAUGGGCAGUGAGAUGGGCAGUGACAGGGACAGUGACAGGGACAGCGAGAGCGAUACCAGUCUCAGCGAUCGAAGUGGCCAAAGUGAUCACGACAACCAGAGCAACUUCUCGGACGGCCCCAAAGAAGAAAACUUCUCCCGUCGCUGCUUCCCGCACGAACACACCUCGGAGAACUUCAGCCUGGAAGAAAUCUUCAUAGUAACGCUGAUGCACCUGUUCCAAGUGGAAGACCACAAAGCGAGCUUCAUCGGAGACCUCCUCAGGGUAUACGAAGAGGAGAAAAAAAAAAAAAUCUACCCCUGCACCGAGGCAAUUUUAAAAAUAUUUCAGAAAAUUAUAAAACGGAGAGGCAGUGACUACUUCCAUCAGGAAGUGUACAAGUCCUUCCAAAACAAAGUGCUCCAGAUGCUAGACAGCGUGGAGAUGCUCCAAAGGAAGUGGGUCACCUGGGUCUUCACCCACUCCGACAAGACCUUUAAAAGGGAGAAGGACAUUGACAUUAAGAAAUUGGUGAAGCUCUUCUUUCUCUCAUUGUACAAAUUUUUGAGACGAUACUUCCUGCAGAUAAACACUUUCUUGAAAAAUAAAAAAAUGUACACCAUCUAUAGCAGUUUUGAUGAUUUCUAUUUUUUCCUCUUCUCGAAAUAUAUUAACAGGAUAUUCACCGAGAAUUUCUCCUCCUCCUUCAUUUUUAAGCUGACAAAAUUCUCCAUCCUAAAUAUAUCAAUAUCGAUUAUAAACUACAUGCUGAAGAUGAUGAAAAUGGUAAAUUUGCAAAGGCUGAGAGAUGUGCAUAGUGAGGUGAGCAAUUCUUUGACCGCAACCUCAGCGAUGGCUUCUCCGUUUUUGAAGCUACGAAGUGGGGACUAUACCCACCGGAGAGAAGACACAAUGGAGGAGCAGGAGAUGCUUCACUUCCCCUCCGAGCAGAAAAAUCAAUCCAUCUCCUUCUGCAAACAAGAUGGGAAGAAACACCCGUCAGCCAUCUUUAACAGCUUCAUGAGGAAUAUCAUUAUUAAUCAUAAGACCUUGAUGAACAAGCCGGAGCUAUAUUCUACAAAGAGAGUCAAUAUUUUUCAAAUAGAAAGAGACACAAGGAAUCAGACCAACAAUUGUUACACCAUGGAGUACUUGGACGACAUUAUGCUUCUUGAAAAAGAGAAUUACGAUUGGAAGGGGAUAAGCAGUAGCAACGUUUUCUCUAACAGGGGUGAUUCUCCAGGGGGAAUUAUAAAUUCUCGUCAGAAUGGAUUUGCCAAUGAGAGGGGAAAUAUACAUUCUACCCACAUGGAUAACUUGCAAAGGAAUGCGCAACGGAGUCAUCGUGCGGGGAAGGUUGAGCGGCUGCUUCACCCAUCCACAGUGAACUUCAAUAUGAAUGGUUCCUCAGUUAAUGGAAACUCCACUAUCCAAAAGGCAACAUUUGAAGAGGAAAUGCAGCAGUUAUCACCCGUAGAGAGAUACCAUUUCACCUUUUCCAGAUUUUUCAAUCACAUAAAAAAUUUCCUAAAAAUCGUCCUGCAAAAUAAUUACGUCUUCUUCCUCAGCGACUUUUUACUCAUGCAUUAUGAACAGUCAGGCAAGAAAGACAAUUUGUUCCAAUAUAACCUGAACAAGUCAGGUGGAUUUUACUCCGUUUUUAAUUUCCUCAUUAAUGAGUAUGUGGAGAAUUACUACAAAGAUAGGUAUUCCCACUUGGGAUGUCGUUCGGUGAAGACUCCACAUUUUAGGAAACUGAACGAGCAGGUGGUCAAUCGCAUCCUUCUUCUCUUUUCCCUUCUGCUGGAGGCUUCUUCUCAGCUGUCCUUUUUGCAUGAAGUCAACAGUAUCUGUGCGAACAUUUCGAAUCAGAUUUUUUCCCUCUUCGACACUUCUCACUUGAUAUUGAGUUUAUUUUCGAAGGUCACCCUGAGCGUGAUUCCAAAGAACGACGUCGUCAGUCAAGCCAUCAACAACGACAUCCUGAGCAUAGAAAAGAGGCAGGCGGAGGAAAAGAGGGAAAUACUCACCAUAUCCUUACUUUAUUUCCUCACAUACAACUACAAAAAUAUUUGCAAUUUUUAUCUAAGCCUGAACCGAUUUUUUAAGAUGAACGAUUUUAAUAACAUUUAUUUUCUGUGCAAGUACAGCCAGGGCUUCCUGCCCCUACCCAAGGUCAUCAAUCUAUUUCUCCAAAAAAUCCUCUCCUGUCUGGACAGAGCCAAUAGUGCAACCUUGGAUAACGUCAAGCUGGCUUAUAUGAAGAGGGUCUUCCACGUGCUGAAGUUUGUUUACGCCUUUGUUAAAGACAACGAUUUGAUAAGCGUCUCUAUAUUUCGAAAUUUGUUUAACGUCCUUCUGUGCAUCGUCAAGGGGUACGUGAAGGGGUACGUGAAGGAGAGCGCGGGGGGGAAGCGGACUGAGGAGAAGCGCAAACAGGAGAAACGGACGCGGGAGACGCGAACCGGGGAGAUGCGGACGGAGGACCCCCCCUGCGAAGUGUCCUCUUACAAAUUCUACCACUUACGCGUUUUGAACUUAGCUCUCCACUUUGCCAACGCGAUUUAUUUUAACCUGAGCCAGGUGGAAAGGCGAGCCGGGGAUGAUACACCCAAGAAGGGAACCCCAAAGGGGGGAAGCCCAAAGGAAGAAAUGUCAAAGGAACACGAGGUAGAGCUCUACCGAAGGGAGCCAUUCUGGAACAACGUAGAGAAGCUGCUGGACCUGUUCACUCACAGGUUAAAAAAAAACAGCGACAAAUUUGUAUACUCCAGGAACCACCAUCUGUACACAAAGGAAGCAAAAAAAGAAAUAACGAUCUACAUGCACAAUCUCAACAUCAUGUGUGAGGUAUUUGAGCUCAUCGUGAAAGGAAUAUAUACCAAGGAGAGUCUGGCAUACCCAUUGCUCAUUCGAAUUUCCUACGACCCUACCAUCUGUAGUGUAUUUUUUAACAUAAACUACGACAGCAUGCAUGAGAUGAUGAACUCCUAUCAGGACCUGCACAGGAAAAAUAUAGACUCUGCUCAGAACAUUAAAUUGAUGCUCCUCAACUGCAGAGGUGUUAAUGUGAACACGCACGGACUCAUUAAUGACGACGCGCUCAUUGAAAAUGUGAUUGACUUCAUUAACCAGAGGAGGAUAAACCAUAAGUAUGUCCUGAACCUGAGCGACUGCAGCAGAUCGGUGCAUCGUGGGGACGACAACAUCUUCGAGGAGACCAGCCACUCCAUUUCGGUGAAGAGUCUGAUUCAGAAGAAGAUCGAACUGUUGGAUGCCGAUUAUGUAUAUAAUAAAAUUUUCAACGGAAGGGCAAAAAGGUAUGGAAAGAAAAAUUUCCUUUUCGAUGUGAGGAACUACCUCUACUGUGUGAACGUCUGUGGAGGGGGGGGGAUCGGCGUGGUUAACGGCAGCGCGGUGCAUCUGGAAGCAGGGCCAAUGCAUGAGGGGGGGCCACGCGCCCAAGGGGCACUUCCCCGGGAAGGCCUCCAUAUGGAAAGCCUCACCAGGGGACGCCUGAACAGGGAACCCUUCAACCGUGCACCGUUCGAAGGCGGAACACUCGGGGACCCCGCGGGGGGCCACCCCCUCAGAGAGUACAAGUCGGACCAAAUGCUGAAAAAAAAAAUAGACGCAUCGAUUUUUAGCAACCUGGAAACAAUUUUACCAGACGAGGAGAAACAGUGCCCUGCUCAUCCUGUAGGGCCAGCCAAGGGUGGUAGCCCUUCCGAGUCGCUGCCGAAAGGGGAGCAGUCGAGGGAGCAGAGCGAGUGGCUCUUCAGCGCGUACUGCGAGGACCACUGGAUUGACCCGUUCUUCCCCCCGAGUAAUGAGCACAUGGAAAGGAAGAAAAGAAAAAACAAGGAAAAAAAAACAAAACAGAACACACACAGUAGUAGCGACUCCGCGGUGAAUUCCUCCUCAAGCGUAUUCAUUUAUUCGAAAUUUUUUAAGAACGAAGUCGACUGCAUGCAAUAUAUUAAUCUCACUCAGAGUACCUACGACAGCAGGAUGCGUCUGUUCCUCAUACUGUACAAACUGAUGAUCAUAAUAAAGCAUAGAGACCUGCUGAACGAUGAGAUCUUCCAGAAGGAGGAAAGCCAAGCACUGAAAGGGGCCAACAUAAGUGGAAGCGCUCCCUUUCUCUUCUUCGUCUUCGAAUCAGUAAUUACAUUUAUUACUCCUUCUCUGCAAGUGAGCAAAAACUCGCUAUACUACAUCCUGGUGUCAAACAUUCUGAUUAAUCUGCUGAGCAUUAUAAGCACGAGAAACUCCGGUGGAGGUUCGGAGCGGCAAAGUUAUUCCGACCACUUGGGCCACUCGGAGGAACACCCAUCCAAGUAUCAACCUGUGAUGGAAAAGAAGCGAAGCAACGAUAGGAGUUCACUAAAAAAUUCCCAUGAUGCGUUCGUAAACGAUGAGGGGAUGGACUAUUACCACCAAGGUAGCUUCUAUACAGACAUGUUCUCCCACGAGUCCUUCAUUUCGAAUGUAAAAAAUAAAAACGACCACAUCGUCUUCGACAUCUUGAGCAACCUUUCCACGGAGGAAGUGAAGAAGUAUCGACUCGUCGGUGGGGACAGAGCAGAGGAAGAAACCCACUUGGGACACAGCAGCACGGAAAGGAGAAAACGACCUUUGGAAAAAAAAAAAACAGGCAAACAAACAAGUCAAAACAGCCUCAUAUAUGAUGUGCCACUCCUUCUCUCCCUAUUCAUCCGAUGUGUCACUUUGCACGUCCAGAAUUUUAAGUUCCAUCACAAGAAUGUAUACUUACAGAGAAACUUCAACGCUUUGCAUGUGCCCAACUCGAUCCUCAAGUGCAUGCUCCCCGCGAACCAUUUUAACAUCAGCUUGUUUGUGAAUCUUCUGGAGCUGUUCUACGUGACGAUUCGGAUUUACAACAAUCACUUCGUCGUGCUGAACAGGUCGCUGUUCCAUGGGGGGGCUGGCUCCAAGGAGGAAGCAAACCCAGGACGAGGCAGCAUCACACACCGGGAACGAGACCCCAUCGGUAGUGUGCAUUCCCCCCGUGGGAAGUCAACCGAACGGGAUAAGGAGCACCUCCACUUGUACGUAUCGACGCUGAAUGGGAUCCUAAAUGAAUGCUACGAAGCCCAUCACGAAAACAUGAAGAACAAAGACAGCAAUGUGACCAAGUCGAACCCAAUAGAGCGCAUUCUUCUCUACUUUCUCUACAAUAGGAUAAACACUGUGUAUGACCUGUUUUACAACUUCUUCCUGAACUGCCUGAGGGAGAAAAAAAAAAAAAAAAAAAAAAUUUUCAACAUAGCAAAUGAGUACAUCUACGGGUUCUUAAAAAACCACAUCUAUGAUCACAUGAACCGAAUCAACAACUUUCUCGAUUCGACGGAGUACUACGACUUUUACGUGAAUACACUGACAUUCAUGGUUUUAAAUAAAGACACGUGUCUACAGAUCAUCAAGGGAGAUAUCCUCACCAAACUUCUCUACGUGCCUGACAUUUACCACGCAAUAUUCGACAAGAGCAAGACGUUUAGUGCCAUUUACUAUUUGAAUCACGAGCAGAAGUAUGUCCGAAACAAGAAUCACAUCGUACUGUGCUCCCUCAUUGUUCUGCUAAUAAAGAUGCUGUACGUUUUUGUGAAGAAUGUCCGCGGGGGAGGAGGGGGUUUCUACUUCGACGCGGACCCCUUUGGAGGGCUCCAAUUGGAUGAUUUCUUCAUGCGCAGAGUGGUUCCCCCUGGCAAGGCAGUGGAGGGGGGAGAGGAAGCCGAAGAGGAAGCCCAAGAGGACGGCGCAGAAGACGCAAAAAAUGGGGACCGCGAAGCAGAGAAGUUUGUGGACGGCUUCGACGUGCUGAGCGGCCGCCCCCUGACCCACGCAGAACGAAGAGACGGUCACAAAGAGACGCAGCACACGGGUCAAGCGGAGAACGAAGCGCAGAACGAAGCGGAGUUCUUCCUGGAUGCCAUGCUGGACAUUAUAAGCAAGAUGUCCGAUCGAAUCAAUUUUAUCUUUUUAAAGAUCGAAAAAAUAAACUGCCUUGCCAUUUUCGAGGAAUCAUAUCUGUACGUGGAGCUACUCACAAAAACCUCCUACUACUGCAACAACUUCAACAUCAAUCACAUGCUGAUAUCGUUGAUGAGCAAGGGGGUGGAGCACCACCUGUUUUACAUCAACCGCAUCUUGGAGAAGUUCAUUUUUGAGAAAGAAGUCAUUAUCGAUCCCUACAGCCCUUACGAAAUCACUGCAUCUAGUAGUGAAUCCACUGACAAAGAAAAAAAGGAUAGGAGGAAGAAGAAUGACUUGUCUCUGUUCACACAGAGGGUUCUCUACCUUUGCUAUAAAUCCAUUCUAAAUUACAACACAAUCCUGCUCAACAUAAUUCAGACGCCCUACUUCACUUACUCCUACUUUGUGGUGCACCUCUACAUUCUUCUCCUGAAGUCGACUAGGCUUGUCACCAACAUCAUUGAGCACUUCGGCCGCAAAAAUACGACGCUCAUCCGCACGAUCAAAAUCCACGCGGGACUCUCCUACGUGCCCAUCUGCCUCGACAUCGUGAACACCGUGAAGGAGAAGAAGAGGGAGAAAGUCCACUACGCGCGGGGCACAGCCAAAUCCAGCCUCAGCUGCUACCUAACGGAUAGUCACUCGGACAGCGAAGCUUCCAACUAUCUCGGAGAAAUAGUCCAAUACAACAAAUCCAUCGACGAGUAUAUGAAUACAAAGAGGGUCUAUAAAGACGAUUAUAUGUUUAACUUCCUUCCAGAAAUGAUCGAAUUAAGUAAUUACUAUGAUAUCCUUAGAGAGAUCCUUGAGAGGAGUGCCUUUCUGGGAGCCUUCAUUUUGGAGAAACUAAAAGAAACGUGCGAAGAUUCGUGCCUUAAGCAGAUUCUCCUAAGCAACGUCUGCUCGUACCUCAUUCACAUUAACGCCACGCUCCUCCCGUCUAACAUCUGUACCAGCGGCUUGAAGAAAAAGUGCACCUUAAUCUAUAAUUACGUCGUGAACAUGCAUAAGAAGUGA